AUGAUAGAGACUGCAGCCUCUGUAUUACAAAGCACCCCAGCAAACACAACAAAUAGAGAAGACAAUGACUACAAUUCAAAUGCUGUCAAAGAUAACACCAGGUACGACAUAAAAUCCACUGAAGAAAAGAGGAUACUGGGUGAUGUUAAUGAAACAAGAGUGGAACAGAGAGGAGAUGUGGACAAGACUAGUCAUGACUCUUCAAAUGAUUUGAGGAGUCAGCAAAAGCAACAACUGGAAACGCAGUCUUCCCAGGAUUCUCAACUGCAGCUGCAGCAACAACAACUACCAUCUCCAAAUUCAUCCCAUCAUAGUCACAAUAGCAACUCUAAUAAAAGCAAUCUGCCACAGGAUCAGAAUGAAGAGCAGCACUCACCAUCAGAAUCCUACAACAAGUCAGAUUUGAUGUUUACGAAGAAGGAUUUGAGCAAGUCUCGCACUCAAUCGUACCAAUCAGUCCUAUCACUUGCAUCCUUGAAGUCACUCAAACAACACCAGAUACAACCUUUAACCGCAGCUAAUGGUACUACGAAUCAACCUCCAGGAAUGAAUGGACCAGGGUUGCAUAGAAAUAGUAGCACAAAGGGCAACAACACUCAACUUACGAGAUCCAACUCCACCAUGAACACUUCCAAGAAUUUCCAGUCAUUUAUCCAAGCACCUGUUUUAUCUAGUUUAUCUACUCAAAAACUGAAUGAAGAGUUGCAGAUUGGCCAACAGUUGCCAUUUCACGACAGGCCAGCAGGUGAUAGAUCGAGACGUACUACAAACAACAGUUCGAGUAAUGAUGGUGACAACGACGAGGGUACAGAAUAUACGAAUGACGAAGAGACCUUAUCACAACAAAGAAACUUAACAUUGAAUGCAUUGAAAAAAUUGAGUUUAUCUCCGAGACCUAUUACCAAUCCAGAUGAUAUUGUCAUUCCCAAAGCUGUGGAGAGCGAUAGUAAGUUGAAAUCAAAAGGACAGGAGCCCUACCAACCGGCAGAAGUUGAUUUGUCAUCAUUUGCUAGUCUAACUAGACAACCAAAAGUGACGCCAAAAGUUCUAUCAUCUUCACCUUCUUCCUCAACUAUCCAUUCGGAAAGGUUGUCACAUUCACAAAUAUGCGCAAAGCCGUCGUUGGAUAGUCUACCAGAGGGACAAGUGGCAAAUGCGGGCCCCGCGAAAAGGGAAAGUGAUAUCAGUCAAUAUCAUCAUAAAUUGGGACAGCAACAAAUGGAUUCUCUUAAACUGCAGACGGACAAAAUUUCAAAGAAUAAUAUGCACCAAGGAGAGCCUCAAUACUCAUAUCAACUUGAUUCCUCCAAGCAGAAUCCAGCACAGCAACAUACACAACAUUUGAAUGGGUCCCACUUUACCCCAUCGUCAUCAAGAGUUCCUGCUGCAGUAAUCCCACCACAAGACAUUAAUACCAGGAGGAAGCCACUGAACUCAUCGGCACCACAAAACCUUCCUACUAAUAAUUUGCAAGUACAAUGCCAUUUGCAACAGUCUCAGCCAAAUUCCCAUCACAAGAAUGCAAAUGCAAGAUCUACUAGACAGUUGCAGCAAAUAAAGGGGUUGAGAACGCCGAUGUACAUUCCAGCUGUUUUGCGUAUGACACAAAAUGGGUGUUAUGAGUACCCUAAUCGAUCGUCAUCAAACUCGCCAGACAUGGUUUCCACUCCACUAACUACUCAAAGCCCUGAAAACAAUUAUGAAGCACAUCUUCAAGCCUUUGGUCAAAAGAGUGUAAAUUCAUCAACCGCGUCAAUAAAAUCAACCGACUCUUCGAGAUCCAUCGACUCCACUAGCUCGCCAAAGUUUGCUUCAUUGAAUAGAUUUCUUAGUGCGGGCAAUCUAGGUAGGUCCUUUGAUUAUGUAUCCAACGCACCACCAACAAGGAAACAUUGGGUGAAGGACGAAGCUGUGACUACAUGUGGUAUACCUUCAUGUAACAAGACAUUUAAUUUUUUCGAGAGGCGACACCACUGUCGAAAAUGUGGCGGGAUAUUUUGCAAAGAGCAUACAUCACACUCCUUGUACAUUAAUAGAAUGGCACAAUUUACCACGGGUGGAAGAGGAACAUUGUCAAAAGUUUGCGAUAAUUGUAUAAUGGAAUAUAACGAAUUUAUUCAACGAGAAUUUGGGGUAAAUAUAUCAAAUACAAAACUGCCAUCUCCAAUGGACUUGAAUCGUCAUGUUGAGAAUAACGUUAUGAACAAGUCACUACACCCAUCUAAGCAAGAACAAAUACGGCAGCUGUAUAAAGAUCUUGAUAGACAUGCGUCAAGGCGGGGUCAUGUUGAUCUGAAGGGAAAUAUUGUUGGUGCAAGUGGAGACACCAACAGUGCCAACAGAGCUGAUCAAUUAGUUGGAAGUGUUCCUGCAAACUGGACAUGGAGUUCCUUUUAA